AUGGAAAGUGUUACGGCAGCCGGAGCGAAAGCGGAACUUCCACACGCGGCCCGAAUGCGAAGAGAUACGCUCGAGACGUCACGCGGCCCACUGCUGGGAAGGUCGUGGGAAGUCGAUGGUGAAAUGAAAGAUAAGAGAACAACGAACCGCGCCCCCCCCCCCCCUGCUCCCGCAAACAAUGCACGAAAACAAACAAAAGCACCGCCUCGGGGGGUGCACCUGCACGCUCGCCGUUGGCGCUGUUCUCUCGCGGGGCACGUGGUCGACUGCGCGGCCGCCGCUCUCUGCGCGGUACUAGGCCUCGCCGAUUGGGAAGUGGGCACCGCUCAUUUAUUACCGAGCGCCAUUACGGCGGACGGACGGUCGUUUCGAAUCGAUUGUUUUUAUAUUAGCGACGCGAUAAGA